AUGAAAUAAUCCCACCAGAAUAGAAUGCUCUACAAAUUGCUUUAAUCAAAGUCAUUACGCAGUAUGUUUUCUCCUGGCAAGGAAUCGAUCAUAACGGAUCCAAAUAGAGUCAAGGAAAAAUGUCUCAAACACAACUUGAAAGCUAGAUUUAGUUACAACACUUAAUAAUUAUGUGAAAUAUGUGCUAUUGAGUGUGCAUAUGAUCACCAACAAUUAUAGCAUAUAAAGAGUGGAAUAAUUUUGCAUCCAUUUUAAGAAUUAAAGAGUGGAACGGCGAAAACAGAAUUUGUGCAAUUAAGUGAAAAAGUAAAAGAAUUAAAAAAUUGCAAAUAAAAGUAAAGCAUCUUAAUGCAAUUUACUAAUUAGUUGGAAUUGGUUUAAGCUAAAGUUCAAUCAUUAUUUGAGUAGGUUAAUGUAAUUAAUACAUAUGGAAUAACAAGAUUUUAGGAAAUAUAGAUUAAACAAAUUUGUAAAAAGCUGGAGUAUAGAUUAUUAGAAUUAACACGUAAUAGACAAUCAGUUUCAACUUACAAUUAUCAUUAAUUUUAAAUAAAAUUAAAUAACUAUUAAGAUGAUAUAUUAUUAAUGAAAAAGGAUAUUGAAGACAAUUUAGAGAGCAUCAUAAAUAAGAUGGAAAUAGUUCCAUUAAAUGAAAUAAUCCAAAAAUAUCAAAUGAAAUUAGACUUUUAUGAGAGUGAAUGCAAUUAGACAAGACAAUUAUAUUAAUAAAUAUUGAAUAUGUUUUAUAUAGAAUUAUAGAGAAUGAGUAAAUAAUGA